GCUUCGCAUGUUCAGUGUACUUCUAUAGGCAGCCGUAUAAGACAUAAAAAGCAGGAAUUUUCUACAGUUCGUGAAGAGCCACGAGAGAGCUUACUUCAAAAAGAUGAAGUGCCUGAUUCGGACCGUUAUUUUGCUUGGGGGGCUUACAGCGUUCCUUCUCCGGAGUGCUGCCGACAACACAACAGCUCCAAAUGGGAACUCUUGCGGUGACGAGUAUUAUGGCGAAGGAUACACUACUACAUGUAAUUACACCUGCGGCAAUCAAACCAUUACAUAUAGAAAUGGAACACCCUGUGCCCUUGUAUUCACUAAACCAAACAGGACGGUUGCCGGUCUCUGCCUGAAUGGCACGUGUGUCUCGUCUUAUGAUUUGACUGCGGAACAGGAAAAGGAUGCACAUCCACAAACGCACCUCAAGUGCCCAAAGAAACAUCACUUUGGCAAGGCCAACAAAUGCCCUACAGUGCUUUUUGAAGGCUUCUAA